GGCGCGACGCGCGAUGACGUCGUCGUCGUCGUCGACGCUCGCCGCGCUCGUCGCGACGUGCGGCGUCGAAGCCGACGGCCGGUCGUCGAUCAGGGUGUACGACCCCGAGGCGGGACGCGCGACGCUCGCGGCGUCGCGCGCGCUCGAACGACGCGCCGAGGGCGACGCGCGAUGCGUCGCGUGGUCGCCCUCGAACGGGGCGCUGUGCGCGGGGACGACCGAGGCGGGGUGCGUGCUGAUGAAACCCGACCUGAGCGAUCUCGGACGAGUGCCCGAACGCGCGGUGGCGGGCGAGGGAGAGGUGCACGCGGUGGACUUCUCCGCGGGGUCGCGAUACUUGGUCGCUGGCGGGACGGGAGAGGCUCGGGUGUGGGAUUUGAAGCGGAAACGCGAACAUCGCGUGUUCUCGGGACACACGGGUGGGGUGGCGACGGUGAAAUAUGGCAUGUUCGGCCGAGUGGUCGGGAGCGGAGGACACGAUGGGACGGUGCUCGUGCGGGACGUCGAGAGCGGGGCGACCAAGGCGAAACUGUCGCCGCCGACGCUGAGCGGAGUGACCUCGAUAGAUUUCUCCGAGUACUCGCCCCAACACUUGGUGUCGGCGUGUGCGGAUGGCACGGUCAGACUGUGGGACGCCGAAGUCGGCGAGCUGCAGUCGACGCUCACGGUUCGAGGGUCUGAGUGUUAUCAAGUUGAAUUUUCACCCGUGGCUCCGGGCUUGGUCGGAUACGUCAAGAGCGAUGGGAGAGUGGUGCUUCAAGACGUCGCCUCUCCGACGCCGUCAGGCGCGUUGACAUUUCGAUCGACGCAAGUGACGUGCAUGGCUUGGCAUUAUUCGGGCUUCGGGCUCGUAGUGGGGACGUCAAACGGUGUCGUGACUUGGCUGGACACGCGAAAGAUUAGCGGCGGCGCCGACAUCGCCACGUGCAAAAUCUACGACGUCAAGGCGCACGAAGGUGCGGUGAAUUCGCUCAGUUGGCAAAAGCCCGUUCCGCACUCGUUUCAAGUCGAAAGCACGCCCGCGCGUGGAGACAACCUGCCGGAUUCUCCCAUGACGCCCGUCGCGGAAAAGUCCAAUCGCUUGCUCCACGGUCAACGCGCGCACACACCGCCAGCCGCGGCGUUGGCGCGCGAGGAGUUGAAACUCGUCGGCACAAAUCCCAUCCCCACCACCGCGGACGUGUCAUCUUUGCUCGACGCCGCCGUGGAGAAGUUCGGCGGCGACCUCUCCGCUCGCGUUCGAGACGUCCAUCUCGAACUCUUGCGACAGCACCAACUUCAACAAGAGGAAACCGCGCGCAUGUUCGCCGACAUGCAGCACGCACAGCUGGAGAUGGCGGCCGAAAUAGCCGCUCUAAGAAUUGCAUUAGAAAAUAGCCGAUCAGCCUGA